AGAGCAGAGCCUGGAAGAAGUAAUGGCACAGUUGGUGAUGUAAAUCAAAUUUUAAAAAUCUAAUCGCUGUUCCAAGUUGGAUAACUGACAUCGUUGUCGAGGCAAGUUGCAAUCCAUCUUCUAGAACUGUGAAAAGAGGAGAUUCUUAUGAAUUAAGCACAUCAGAUUAACCAUGUGUUCUGCCAGUUAUCCAAAUUGGGUUACUUUUGAUGAUGAUUGUGCUUUCCAAUCACCAAAAGGGUCCUUCAAAUCAGAUAGUGGGCUCAAAGGAUUCAGAUCCAAUGGUUUGGUGUUAAAUCUUUCCUCUCAACAUGAAACAGCCUGGAGAUCUGCCUCCGAAAGUAGCACACCUCUUUCUCCACAUUGCACAAGCUUUCCUUGCAGCCCAACCUAUGGGCCUCAGUCUCCAAUUACACCGACUUCACCCAAGGAUAACCACUUAUUUAAGAUAGAGGAACAAUCACAAACCAAUCACUUCAAGUCAUACAAUAAUGAGAAUGGAUACACCAACCCUUUUUGGAAUCAGAGAUGUGUUUUACAGACUGAUGCUGUUCAGUAUGAACAGGAGGGUAACCACCUUAAUAAAAUGUCAGGCAUUAAUGCAGCAGACAUAUUUCAUCAUGAAAACCAUCCACCCAAAAUAAGAGGACACCAUCAAGUUCAGAACAAUUCCUCUCUGAUGGCCCUUUGCCAAAAGCUUGAAAAAAUACAAGCAGAGGACUGCCAUUUGUCUCAGGGUUCAGCAUCAGGAAGCAAGCUGUUAAUUACACCAAUGCCAUCAUCUAUUGGUAGAGAUCUCUUCAAACGUGAAUGCAAAGAUGGGUGGCCUUUAAUGAUGAGGAUUCCUGAAAAGAAAAACAUGAUGUCUUCUCGUCAAUGGGGUCCAAUCUAUCUCAAGCUCCUGGAUGGUGGUAUUUUACAGUUAUAUUAUGAGCAGGGCCUUGAGAAACCCUUCAAAGAAUUACAGUUGCAAGCUUACUGCAGGCUUUCAGAACCCAAGCUGGAGAGCUACAAAGAGUCAGGUAAAAUCCACACGGUGAAGAUUGAACACGUGUCGUUCACAGAAAAACGCAAGUAUCAUCCGAAACCCGAAGUCCUGCAUGAGGCAGAGAUUGAGCAGGUAUUGAAGUUUGGAACAACUGACUACAGGGACAUCACAGACUUCAUUGCCGCAGUUGAGGAGGAACUAAUGAAGCUACCUCUCCCAACACAGCGAAGGAAGAUUUACGAAGAGCAAGAAAUGACACUUGAGAUAACAGAUCAUUUCUGGGGUACAUUUACAAAGGAAGGAAAACUCUUUGAAAAUUCAGUAAUGACUCAUAUUCAUUGUUUGUGCUUCAUUAAUGGCAAUGUUGAAUGUUUCUUAACUUUGAAUGACUUGCAGCUUCAAAUUAAAGACCACAGUUACUUUAAAAAUGAUAUGGAUAGCACAUGGAUUCAGAUCUGUGAUUACCGUGUUCAUAAGUGUGUGAAAGAAAAUGAGUUUGAGAAAUCCAGAAUCCUUAGAUUUACUCCUCCUGAUGCCUGUAGAGUGGAACUGAUGCGCUUUAAAACAGUCUUUGAUAAUCCUGAGCUUCCCUUUGUUCUAAAGGGUGUGGUCACAGUUCAUGGUGCCUACACAGAAUUGCAGGCAUUUCUAGUCAUGUCCUCUGCUUAUUCCAGUCUACAAAACAUGCUGCCUUCCAAGUACUGUGAAAAUGUGAUGAUCCGCUUUCCUGUUCCUUUGGCUUGGUCCAAAAUAUUUCGCACUGUGCAUCUCUUCGGACAGAAGUCCUUGAAGGCUAAAAUGAAUCGGAAUGCUCGACUUGGCUCUGUUAGCACAUCAGGUGGUGAACCAGUUAUGCAAGUCACAAUUGGAACUGCUAAGUAUGAACAUGCUUUCAGGGCAAUUGUCUGGAGGAUUGAUGGUCUACCCGACAAGAAUGCAGCAUCUGACUAUCCACAUUGUUUUUCUUGCAAACUUGAGCUGGGUUCAGACCAGGAAAUACCUUCAGAAUGGGAGCCAUUUGUCGCUGUAGAAUUUGAGGUGCCUGACUCAUCAGCUUCUAAAGCGAAAGUGAAGUCAUUUGGCACAGAGAGUGAUAUUCAGCCAGAGAAACACAUUCACCUUAAAGCUCGAUACCACUACCAGGUUGAAAUUGAAAAGAAGUGGAUUAGAAUCGAGGGAGAAGAUCCAGAGAAACCUGGAGACUGUGUGACCCAAUGAACAUUAUAGAUGGCACAACCUCCAGCACAAUGUUGUUACAAAAUUAGUUUAUAGUCUUAAAAUUAUGGUAGUAUCUUGGUUACCUGAAUGUUCGAGAAGUGAAACGGAAUUAGUAAAACUGACCACACUAUUCUGUAGGAACAUCUGGCCCUUCCUGCACAGUAAUAGUACCUGUCUCUACUCCAACUCCUCAAUGGGUAGCUGCCCCAGAUAUAAAUCCUCUGCAUCUGGAAGGACAGAACUGAGAAUAGUGAACUGGUGGAGAUUCUCUUUUUGAUAUUUCCUACUUUACUGUAUUUCUCAUUCUACCUGGUGUCAAGGUCCAUGAAUAUGCAGUGAUUAGGAUCUCACCACAGCCCACAGUUCCAUGCAAGCUUUUUUCCAUCAAUAAUUGAGGAGGGUAAUUACAACUAGCUACGGUAGUAACCCUUGAGGGAAUAAUUUUACUUCAUAAUUUACUUUUUUUUAUACUUAAUAAAUUCCAGUUCAUGAUCGUGAAAUUUAAAAUCGUAAUAAAUGGUAAGCAGUUUGAAAUUGACACACAUGUGGUGAUUUAAACAGGAAAAAUAUGAUGGUUUCUCAAAGAGAGAUAGUCAUAGAAUCACACAGCAGGGAAACAGGCUAUUCGGCCUACCAAAUCCACCCCAUCCCAUUUAAACUAAUCAUAUUUUAUUAUACAUGUGUUCCCUUCAUCUUCCUGUACACUAUGGGCAAUUUACAAAGGUCAAUUAGUUCAUCGACCUGAAUUUCUUUGGGAGGUGGGUGGAAAGCAGAGUACCUGGCUGAAAUCCAUGCAGCUUGACAAGAGAAUAUGCAAGCUCCACAUAGAUAGUAUUGGAGGUCAGGAUUGAAUCAAGGUUCCCGUAAAUAUAGCAAACCAGCUGCUCUUUUAACGUAUCAUUCAGGUUAUUUAUCUCUCAUUUUAUUGAGUAAAAGAGUUGAGAUAAAUAAAUGACACUUUAAAGGAUUUACAACAGAGAGACUGAAGGUGUCUAUUGGUGAACCUCACAUAGUUGUAGAGGCCAGUUAGGAUCCAUAUAUUCUGGUGCAGUGUGGGCAAGAGUAAGUGGUGGUUGUGAUUAAUGGUUGGGAAUUUUGGUCGUUCAUUGCCUCCUUUCACAGCUACCCCUUGUUCUCUGCAGCACAGUGGAGGUUGUUUUCAUGUACCACAGCUCCCUCUUGAACAGAUAUCCUCCAGGUGUAUCUGUUGAGUGCAAUCUCUUCCCAGUUUUUAGAUGUUAUGUUGAAUUUCUUCAGGCUGACUUUAAUGUUAUCUUUGAAACGUUUCAUUUGCCCACCAGGGGCUCACUGACCUUCCUUCAAAUGGGAGUAAAGGAUUUGUUUGGGGAGACGUGAGUUAAGCAGCCGGACGAUGUGUCCUAUGCAUUGGAAUUGGCAUUGUUUUAUCACGGUGGAGACACUGUUCAUGGUAGCCUAAAUUGUUGUUAGUGCGUCUGUUCUUCCAGCUCAUCCUCAAAACUCCUUCGUUAGUAUCUUUGGUGGUAUCGUUCCAGGGAUUUCAGAUGCCUGCUGUAGGUGGUCUAUGAUUCAGCUCCGACAGUAAUGUAGUAAGCUCUAUAGAUCAAAAGUUUUGUUUAGACCUGUAGGUAGUGGUCUUCAAAGCCUCUGUUCCUUAAUCUUGCACAGGCUCCACUAGCAUUACUCAGGCGGUGGUUUAUCUCUGAGUCGAUAUCUGCUUUUGAGAAGAGAAUGCUGCCAAGGCAGGGCAAGGCCAGAUAAGUAGCUGGUUGGGCAGUGGCUGAAAUAGGACUUAUGUCGUUUUUUAAAAAAUCAACACAAGACCCAGAGCACGAUCUGCCUUGACAAAGGUAUUCAGGAUACAUCAGAAAUCCUCUUCAAAGUUGAUGUGAUGACGUAUCAUCCACAUACUGAAGUUCAGAUUGGGGGACAGGAUGGCUCUAAGGUCAGCAAGGGCCAUGCUCUCCUGUACCAUCAGGAAGGCAAAGUGUGAGUGCCCACUGAAAGCUUAUAAACACCUUUGUGGCACCAGGGAUAAGUGACACUUGUGGCAAGGUAUCCAAGCCAUAACCGAUUACAAAUCCACCUUGGGCAUCAAGAACAGCGAUUCCUCCCUUCCUGAUAGGCUGAAUGCCCUCAAUGCACGAUUUGACAUGCUGAAUAAUGUGACAUUGAAGAAAGCUCCCCUCUCCCUCCGUGGAACAGGCACACUAAUGGGUGCAGCUGAGGUGAGGAGGAUCCCAGCCAGGGCAAACCAAUGCAAAGCUGCAGGGCCAGGCAACGUACCUGGUCAAGUGCUGAGGGACUGUGUGGCCCAGAUAAUAGAGGUCUUAACGGACAUCUUAAAUAUCCAAUGUCUCUGCAGGCUUCAAGAAAGCCACAAUUAUUCUGGUGCUCAAGAGCCUAAAUGCUUACUGCCCAGUGUCACCGACUUCAACAAUCGGUGGCUGGUACUGAAUCAUAUAAAAUCCCACCUUCUAGCUACAUUGGGCCCUUUCCACUUCACCUGCUGCUCAAACCAGUCCACUAAUGAUGUCCUACGCUUGGCCAUCCAUUUCAUUCUGUCCCACCUGGAAAAUGAUACCUCACAAGGCAGGAUAUUGUUCAUGAACUUCAACUUGGUGUUUAACACGAUCAUCCCUCAGAGGCUGGUGGGGAAAAUCUGUCCUUGUUGCAACUCAACACCCCUCCCUGAAAGUGUUUCUUGGAAUUCCUGAUGGAAAGAUUCCAGUCAGUCCAAGUUGGCAGCAACAUCUCAAGCUCCAUCGCAUUGAGCACUGAUGCCCUCCAGGGCUGUGUGCUCAGCCUGCUGCUGUUCACACUGGUGACUCACGACUGCACUGUCUGAUCCAUCAAGUUCGCUGAUUAUACAACAGUGGUUGGCCUCAUCAGUAACAAUAACUUGACAUGCGGAGAGCAGGAAAAGAGGCUUGUCAAAUGGUGCAAGAACAAAUAAACAACCCGAGUCCCAACAUGGACAAGACAAAAGAGAUGACUCUGGAUGGACUUCAGGAAGGUGCAGGUCAGCCACUCUCCAUUGCACAUCCAUGUCUCUGCCAUGGAGACAAUGAAGAGCACAAAGUGAUUUGGUGUGCAUAUUAAGGAUGGUCUAACCUGGAUCCACAACACCUCCUCACUAAUCAAGAAGGUACAGCAACAUGUACAUUUUCUGAGGAGACUGAGAUGGCUGAGUUUACAACUUCCUGCAGCUUCUUAAAAUCCUGUUCGAUGGCCCCUCCAUACCAGCUGGUGUUGCAACCAGCUAGAAUGCUCUCCAUGACACAUCUAUAGAAAUUUGUGAGUAUCUUUGGCAACAUGCCAAUUCUCCUCAAACUCCUAAAGAAAUAUAACCUCUGUCGUGCCUUCUUUGUAAUUGCAUCAAUGUGUUGGGCCCAGGAUAGAUCCUCAGAGAUGUUGAUUUGAACUUGAAACUACUCACCCUUUCUGCUUCUGAUUCCUCGAUGAGGACUGAUACGUGUUCCUUCAACUUGCUUUUCCUGAAGACCACUAUUAAUUCCUGGUUUUACUGAGUGAAAAUUGUUGCUGCGACCUUCCCUCAGGCUGUGAGACUAAUGACCACUCUGUCACCAAUGAGUUCUCAUCACUCGGAUAGUGAGCUGUUUACUGUACUGUUUACCUGUGCUGAAAACUCCAUGCAUUCUGAAUUAUAUUUUUAUCUAUUUAUGUUAAUAUUUUGUUUUAUGUGCCGUGUGUAAUAUAUGUUUUGUGGGUGCAUUGUGCUCCAGAGGAAGAUUGUUUUGUUUGGUUGUAUACGUUUACAGUCUUGAAUUUGAAUGGACUUGAAUUUGAACUUGAGGGAAGGGAGCGAAUGAUAUUGAACACUGACUGCAAUAGAUAUAACAGUAACUUGCAAAAGGAAAACUCUGUGCUGCAGUAUUCAAUACUAUUAAAUUGAGCUGCAGAAUCAUUACCUUACAGCUUAAUGUGACAGGCAAAGGCCUUUGCAGUACAUCAAAGACAGCAAUAACUUAUUUUAGACCAAAGCAAAUACAACAUUCAAAAUUCAAAGUAAAUUUAGUAUCUAAGUACAUAUACGUCACCAUAAAAAACCCUGAGAUUCAUUUUCAGUGCGCAUUCACAGUAAAUACAAGAAGCAGAAUAGAAUCAAUGAAAGACUACACCCAAUAGGAUGGACAGACAACCAAUGUGCAAAAGACAACCAACUGUACAAAUACAAAAAGAAAUAAUAAUAAUUAAAAAUUAAGCAAUAAGUAUUGAGAAAAUGAGAUGAAGAGUCCUUGAAGGUGAGACCAUAGGUUGUGGGAUCAGUUCUGUGAUUGAGUGAGUAAAGUUGAGUGAAAUUAUUCCCUCUAGUUGAGGAGCCUGAUGGUAGAGGAGCAAUAACUGUUCCUUUCCUGGUGGUGUGAGUCCUGAGGCUCCUGUACCUUCCUGAUGACUGAAGUGAGAAGAGAGCAUGGCCUGGAUGGUAAAAGUCCUGGAUGAUGGUUGCUGUUUUCCUGCCACAGUGCUCCAUGUAGAAGUGCUCAAUAGUGGGAAGGGCUUUACCUGUGAUGGACUGGACUGUAUCCACUUCCUUUUUGUAGGCUUUUGGUGUUCGUGUUUCUUUACCAGGUCGUGAUGCAACCAGUUAAUAUACUCUCCACUGCACAUCCAUAGAGGUUUGUCAAAAUCAAACUUCUAAGAAAGUAGAGGCACUGUUGUGUUUUCUUUGUACUUCCUGAGAAAGCUAAAGAAACCUAGCCUGUCCCUAAAACCCUCACUAAUUUUUAUAGAUGCACCGUAGAAAGCUUUCUUCUAGGGUGCAUCACAACCUGGUAUGGAAGUUGUCCUGUCCAAGACUGGAAGAAGCUGCAGAAGUUCGUGAACACAGCCCAGCACAUCACACAAACCAAUCUUCCGUCCCUGGACUCACUUUACACCACCCGCUGUCGGAGCAGUGGCGCCAGGAUAAGCAAGGACACGGCCCACCCAGCCAACACACUUUUCGUCCCUCUUUCCUCCGGGAGAAGGCUCAGGUGCUUGAAGACUCGUACGGCCAGAUUUGGGAACAGCUUCUUUCCAACUGUGAUAAGACUGCUGAACGGAUCCUGACCCAGAUCUGGGCCAUACCCUCCAAAUAUCUGGACCUGCCUCUCGGUUUUUUGCACUACCUUACUUUCCCUUUUCUAUUUUCUAUUUAUGAUUUAUAAUUUAAAUUAUUAUUAUAUUUACUAUCAUCUUGUACUCCAGGGAGUGCGAAGUGCAGAAUCAAAUAUUGCUGUGACAAUUGUACGCUCUAGUAUCAAUUGUUUGGCGACAAUAAAGUAAUAAAGUCAAGUAAUAAAGUAAUGCCACUUAUGCACUAGACUCACUGAUCCUUGGAAACGAUAACCCCGAGGAACUUAAACUUGAUGACUCUCUCCACUUCUGAUCCCGUGAAGAGGACUAGCUCAUGGAACUCCAGUUUCCUCCUCCUAAAGUUAAUAAUCAGCUCUUACAUUGGUCUCAAAGACACUGAAAUCACAGGGUCGUCAGGGGCUGUAUGAGUUCUAAGAGAGCCCUGUGACAGCUGUUGAGUGUCGUUCAGUGAUUCAAGUUUGGUCUGGAGUUGCCACUUCACAUAUGAGAUGGCUUUCCAGAGAUCGUAUCUGGAGCUCCUGUAUUUUACUUGAUUGCCAGACCUGAUCUGGCCCUCGCAACACACACAAAACACUGGAGGAACUCAGCAGGCCAGGCAGCAUCUAUGGAAAGAAGUACAGUCGAUAUUUCAGGCCAAAACCCUUCAGCAGGACUCUGAUCUCCACUGAUCUGGCCCUCAGCUGAUUGUGGAUCUCAUAUUUCAUCCAGGGCUUCUGGUUGGGGAAGACUGAAUGAUUGUGCGAGGACACCCUCAUCUUGCUUUUAUAAAGUACAUGACAAACACGGUGUAUUUGUUCAGAUCCUCUGAGGAGUCCUUGAAUACAGCCAGUCCACCAACUCAAAGCAAUUCCAUAGCCACUCCUCUGCCUCCCAUGACCACUUCUUCAUUGUCCUUACUUCUGGAGCCUUGCUCUUUAGCCUUUACCUGUAUGCAGGUAGGAGGAGGACAGACAAGUGAUCAGAAAUAUCCAAAUACCCAAAAUGCGUUCUUGGUAUCGAACAGUAGGCAUUCCUUAUGGUAGUAUGGCAGUGGUUGAGUGUGUUGGGACUGCAGGUGAUACAUUGAUGAUAAUUGAGCAGAUUAUUCAAACAAGCCUGAUUGAAGCCUUGGGGUACGCAGAUGACGGCACUUCGUAGCUCAAGUGCCUGCUUAACAUCAACCUUUGGCGGCAUGUAAACUGCAGUCAGGACAUCAGAGGUGAACUCUCUUGUUAAGUAGAACAUUAAAUGUUCCAGGCUGAGGGAACAAGAGUGGGACAAGACUGCUGCAUCUGAGUACCAAAAAGUUUUUAAUCAUGAAACACAGACUUCCCACUUUUUGCCUUCUCCGAACCAGCCGUCUGAUCCAUCCUGUGUAUCAAGAAGUCCUCAGGUCUGAUCUGUCGAAUAUGGGGUGCCUUGAGUUAGCCAUGUCUCCAUGAAACACAAAACACAGCAAUCCCUCAUCCCCCUCUAACACAGGAAUCUUGCCCUUAGGUCCUCAAUGUUGUCCUGCAGUGAAUGUAUCUAAAAGGUGUGUUAAAUUGUCUCUCCUGAGCUCAGUUAAAUAGUCCAGGAGUGAUAAAUCCCACUAUUUUGACAUGUGCCACAUAAGCCUUGUCUCUUUAUGUGGUGACACUGGCCAAUGUUCAUCACUCAACAAUGUUUCUUCACACGUGGCAUUUCCCCUUUAGACUUUAAUUACAAUUUGUUGAAAUAAUCAUCCCUUUCUUAAUCUUUGUUGAAACAACUAUCAGUCCUAACAGUUCAUGAUAUAACCUCAUAGCAUCAAUGACACCAGUACAAGUCUGACCUUCCAACUGUCUGUGUGCAGUUUGCAUGUUCUCUUCAUGAACUCAUGGGUUUCUUCUGGGUACUCUGGUUUCCUCCUAGAUCCAAAAUGUGCUGGUAAGUGAAUUGGGUACUGUAAAUUACCAAUACUAUAGGUAAAUUGAAAAAGAAUCAAUGGAAUUGAUGGGCAUGAGAGAAUAGAUUAGCAAGGUUAAAGAAAAAUAAUAGGGGGAAGCAGAUGAUUGUAUUACUCUGAGAGCCAGCAGGGACCUGGUAGAUGAAAUGGCCUCCUAUAUUGUAGUAGAAAAGGGACACAAUGAUUAUUAAAAUUUGGGGGAAAUUGCAAUAAAAUGAUCGAAGAAAUUAGUGUUUUGCAGUCCACUCUUAGUUCAUUAACAUUGUAAAGGACCUACAAAUAUUUACUUGGAUGUGUGUAAUAUUUGAAAAUGGGGCUAAGGCGACGUUUCCAUGUAAUACAAUCGUAAAAACAUAGAAAAUUAAAAUAAUUAAGUAUUAGAAGAAAAUCUCACUGUAAUAAAUAAGAGAACAUGAAUUAUAAAAUAUUAAAUGUGUUACUUACCAAAUUGCUUCAUAAUUUUAACUUUUGGGAAAAGAGUAUGCUGAGUUAUUUUAUUACAGGAAUGAAUGCAUAUUUAUUUAGUGUCACUAGUGACUUCUGUUUAGCUCUAUAUUGAAGGGUCAGCCUGGGAUGAAUCAUUUUCCUUGGUACUUCUGCUUGUGUGAUGAGAUAUUUUGAAUCAUAAAGGAAUUGAGAAUAUGAGGAACUAAAGCAAAAGUUAAGAUGAGCUAUGAUAUUAAAUAUCAGGGCAAGCUUGAGGAACCUAAAGCAAUACAUCCCGUGAGAUGUCCAAAUAUCCACUUUUCGACUGACUGGUCAACAAUUUUAAGCAUUAAACGUUAUAAGCUUGGAUUACUUGGUGACAUUAGCUGGUAUGCAGUUAUCUCCUUUUCUUACACCAAAGGUUAUGGGUUAAUUCUAUAGCACGCAUUAUUUAUCAGAAGCUUAACACUAACUAUGUUCAUUUUUAAUAUUGGUAGCAUUAACCUAAUGAUUUCAGUAAUUCUUAGAUGAUGCUGUUUUUAAAAAUGCUUUUCUCUGUUCUUUUGUUGGCAACAUUUAAAAUCAACAAACUAUUGAAUGUACUGUAUUAGUUUGUAGACAAGUUAUUAAGUCAUUAAUUCUUUCCUACAUAAGACAGUGGUCUAAUCUGUAAUCAAAAUUGAUCUUUUCUUAACUAAAUGUGAAAUAUUAAUUGCAGAAUUUUACGAAAGUAAAGCAAUAUUAGUUUCAGUAAGUACUCAAAAUUAUCACUAUACCAAGAACAGUGCAAUAUUUGUAUGCAACGGCACAAAUAACAAAUGAUAUAUUUUGCUCUGUACAAGUCCUAACUCAGCAAUAGAUUAUCGUGUUGUUAGUUAUCAAUACCUGUAAAUAUUAAUAUUGCUAUGGAGCCCUUAAUCUGUCUGCUGCAAUGAACGUGGGCAGUGUCUGCUGAUAACUCUAGUUCUCCAGCACUAAUAUACUAUAUGUAUCAUCCCCAUUACUUCAAUAACAUACAAAAAAUAUCAUAUUUGAAAAAAGAACCAAUAGAAAUACAACUGAGUAAUUUCGGUAGAUUUAAGAUAUUAAUUAUAAACAAUGCAUAAAACACAAAUAUAACUCACAAAUACAAAAAUUUAUAAUACUGUGCUAAAGUCUUAGGUACAAAUAUAUAGUUAGGGUGCUGUAGCUAACAAGUAUAGUACUGUAUUUGUUAACAUGGAGCUGAGAACGCGUUUGCAAAUCUGGUGGGAGCAAAGGAUGUUGGGAAUAGCAAGGGUGGAGCACUGCAGGAGGGUGUGGGGCAGGUGGCAGAGAAGGAAUGCCAGGGUGGGGGACAGUGCAGGUGCAGACACACCUAGCCCUGAAACACCAGGCAAGGUCAUUUGAUUACAAACAAGUAGUUUACUGAUCAUUAUAGAAUGACUCUCUGGUGCUUCCUGCUUCCUCCCCUCUCCCUUCCCCUUUUUCCAAUCAUGAUUCCUCUCUCCCUGCCCCCUUCCCACUCUCAGUCCAUAAUAGAGACCCUUAUCAGAAUCAGGUUUAUCAUCAAUCACUUGUCAUGAUUUUUUUAUACAGCAGCAGCAUAGUGCAAUACAUAAAAUUACUGCAAUACUGUGCAAACAUCUUAAGCAACAUGUGCCUAAGACUUUUGCACAGUACUGUAUAUAUUUUCUGAAACUAGGGUGAUGUGGAUUUAGCAGGCUGUGGAAAAAAAAUGUCUUUAAAGGAUUCUUUGUUAAAGAAAAAGAUAAUUGCCUUUUACGUAUGAGGAGUGAAAAAAGGUACAAGUAAAGAAAUAUAAGACAAGAAGUGAGUGAUCCAUUCAUAUGUGAUUUAUUAGGAAAAUGUGUGCUUUUAAAGAAAAACCAAAACAUACAACAUUUUCAGAGGAGCAGUUCAGGUAAAGAGAAUGAAGGGAAUGACUGGUUGGAUGGAACCAGGAGUGAUUGAUUGCCACAACUUAUAACAGCGCCAGCAGUGAAGGGUUGUUAAUCAUAGCUGAGAAAGUAUUGGAAAUACUCAGCAAUAUGAUACUGCCUGACCUCCUGAAUACUUACAGCAUUCUUUGUUUUAUUGAAGAUUUCUAACAACUACACAGCUUCAGCAUUUUUGUCCAAUGUUUUUAUUUACCUCCUUUCAUUUACACCUCCUCCAAGCAGCUGAACGUCGUUAACAAAUCUUUCAGCACCCUCUCAGCUGACACCAGGUACCUUCUCUUCGACUUCUCUUGAACAUUUAGUGGAUAUGCCCUUUAUUCUUUCCACCUCUAACUCACUUCUGCAACUUUAAUCCUUUUAUUUCUAAACUUUCCUAAUUCUAAUGAAAGCUCAUCAGCCUGAAAUGUGAACUGCGUCACUCUCCAAAAAUGGUGCCUGACUUGAGCAUUUUCAGAAUUCUCUGUAUUAAUUUUAUAUUCCAAAGCAUUUGCAGUAUUUUUGUGCUUCAAAUACCUAAAUUGAUACAUGUCAACAUGAAAUUUGGAUUUAACAAAAUUUGCUUAUUAAUGAGAUAUUGCUCAUGUUUCCUUCAGAGAAGAACCCUUUCUACAUAUUUUUAGAUCCACUUUUCAACAUUUGCACCUUAAAAUCACAAACCUCUGAUGUAUCACCAAGAGAUAGCUUCAAGCUCAGAACAAUAACCAACAGCAUGCUGCUUCUUUCAUGCUCUUCAUUGCCAUUCCAAAAUGAAAUUUUCUGUAGGAUGAGGACAAUAGUCAACUAAAUGUAAAAAUAUGCUAUCCUUGAAAUGCCAGUUGUAUGCAAAGAAAUGAAAAAAUGUGUUCUUAUAUUGAAAAUUCCUAGUUGUCUAUAAUUAAGCUUAGUAUAAUGGUAUUAAAGAAAUGACAAUGGCAUGAUAUACAACCUUAGAAUAGCAUUUUCUAUUCAUUAUACAUGACUUUGUGUUCAUAAAGUAGUGUGACUGGAUCAUUAAUGGUUUGCUUUUAUAAAUGCUUAAAAGGUGGAAAAACACUAUUACGCUGUGCUCCUCUCCUCUUAUCUGCCAAUGUGAAAUAAAGGUGUUAUGCA